CUGGACAGCGCAGCCGGUGAUUCCUGCGUCGGUUCCUCUCAGCUGAAGCUCUGCAGAAGGUCUUUCUGUGUAGCCGGUUAGCAUCAUGUCGAACGUUGUGGAUAUGAAGCUCUACGACAUCCUCGGAGUCUCGACGUCUUCCUCUGAAAAUGAGCUGAAGAAGGCCUACCGAAAAUUAGCCAAAGAGUACCAUCCUGACAAGAACCCUGAUGCCGGAGACAAGUUUAAAGAGAUCAGUUUUGCAUAUGAGGUUCUCACAAAUCCAGAAAAGAAGGAGCUUUAUGAUCGCUAUGGAGAACAGGGCCUACGGGAGGGAGGAGGCAGUGGGCCAGGCAUGGACGAUAUCUUCUCUCACAUUUUUGGCGGUGGACUAUUUGGGUUCAUGGGGGGACAGGGCAGAGGACGCAAUGGAGGAAGGAGGAGAGGAGAUGAUAUGAUACAUCCUUUGAAAGUUUCUCUUGACGACCUCUACAAUGGCAAAACCACCAAACUGCAGCUCAGUAAGAAUGUGCUGUGUGCUGCCUGUAAUGGUCAGGGGGGUAAGGCAGGAGCCGUGCAGAAGUGUGUGGCAUGCAGGGGACGAGGUAUGAGAAUCAUGAUUAGACAGCUGGCCCCUGGGAUGGUCCAACAAAUGCAGUCAGUCUGCACAGACUGCAAUGGAGAAGGCGAGGUGAUAAAUGAGAAAGACCGCUGCAGAAAGUGUGAUGGUCAUAAGGUGUGUAAGGAGACCAAGCUUCUUGAGGUGCAUGUGGACAAAGGCAUGAGGCAUGGGCAGAAGAUCACGUUCUCUGGUGAAGCUGACCAAGCACCAGGAGUUGAACCAGGAGAUAUAGUCCUGGUCCUGCAAGAGAAAGAACAUGAGGAAUUCCGCCGUGAUGGCAGUGACCUUCACAUGGUCCAACGUAUCGGUCUGGUCGAGGCUCUGUGUGGCUUCCAGAUGACUAUCACUCACCUUGAUGGACGUCAGUUGCUCGUCAAAUAUCCAUCUGGCAAGGUCAUCGAGCCAGGUUCUAUUCGAAUGGUGAAGGGAGAGGGAAUGCCUCAGUACAGAAACCCGUUUGAGAAGGGAGACCUUUACAUCAAGUUUGACAUUCAGUUCCCCGACAACAAUUGGAUUAGCCCUGAAAAACUGAAUGAGCUGGAGUGCUUACUGCCUGCUCGUUCUGAGAAUCCUGUUAUUUCAGCGGAUGCGGAGGAAGUUGACCUGACAGAAUUUGACAAGAGUCAAGGGUCAGGAAGUGGAGCCAGGAGAGAGGCCUACAAUGAUAGUUCAGAUGAGGAAGUUGGCCAUCAUGGCCCAGGGGUGCAAUGUGCGCACCAAUAGAAAGACUCGUACAUAAAAACAUGCACAUUACACACACACACACACACAGAUGCAAAAAUACAUGAACAUCUCUUGAGUCCCAUUGCUAACACCAUUCAAGACGUGACGCGCAUACAUGUUGAUUUCUCUCUUUUCAUGAUUCACAUGAAAAAGAGAUGUACACAAAUACAUAUACACUUAUAUCAACCCUCAUCAGUCCCAUGGUGCCCAUAAGUCAGAGAUAUGCUGGACGUGUAAUGACCAUUUUGUGUUUAUGGACAGUAGUGCUCAUCAAAGCCUCCAGCAAGAAGCUUCACUGAAUGAACUUGACUUGGACCGCCCUGUUUUCAUCCUCGGCUUUUACCUUUCACUGUGGGAAACACCAGUCUAGUGUAUAAAAUGCAAAUAUUGUUGACUUUCUUGUAUACGGUGUAGUUUAGUCUAUCACACAGAAGCGCAUGCUGCUUUCUUGCUGACGAUCUUGCACAUGUAGAUCAGGGUCCGGAUCGGACACUACAGAGAAAUGGCACCACACCUGUUUAAAUUUCAGCGUGUCACGGCUAUCCAAGUGCCCUGCUAUCAAGAGAGCUGACCUAAUUACAGCCCUCUUCAGUGUGUCCUCUGCACAGCCUGCUGAGAACCGCACGUUUAAUCCACGGCAUCUUCUAAGGUGAGCAGUCAUUUAUUGAAAAUGCAACCGUUUCUGUUAAGUCCCCAGCUGUCGCGUUGCUAAAAUAUUAAAGCCCUGAGUAAAACACCUGUCAGCCAGGCAUCAUGUUUUCUUCUUUUGACAUUUAAACUUGUUUGUCUAUGUUGGUUUGAAUGUUAGUGUGUUCGAGACCACAUAACUUGACCCUAAGUUGAAUACUCGUCAUUUGAAUUGAGGGCACACUUGUAUAUUGUAUGUGUGUAAUGCAGCGGCUCGUGUGUGAGCUGCUGUGGAAUGUUCUGGCUUAUUGGCGUGAUAGAUGUUCCUGCUUUGUGUUGGACUGCAGUGUUGCACUCGAUGGGGGCAAUUUAAGAGGGAAACACAGAAUGUUUAUUUGCUGAGAAGCUUUCCCAUGAAGACAUGUUCCCUCUACUCACCAGAACCAGGAGCUCUUCUUCUCUUGCAGGAAGACCACUGGGCCCGCAGCAAGCCUGUAUUAUACAUAUCCUCCCAUCGUAGAGUUGUUAGCCAAAUUUACAUUCUUUGACUUGUUACAAUAUUCCUAUCCCUCUAGAUCUGUAAAUAAAUAUAGCCCCAGUCCACAGGUGCAUUCUAAGUCUACGGUGGUGUCCUUCAUCUAGUCGCAUUAGUUCAUUUACAAGUGAGUAAUCGCCAACGGUGGCAAAAUAAGUUCUGUUCACAUGGAGAGUUGAUGGCGCCUCUGUAGACUGUUGACAUGCACCUCUGUGACGUAUUGUGUAUGUAAUUAAGCCCACGGGGAUAAUGUGUACACAACUAAAGGGGGUCAUUGAUAAAUGACGUUAAUGUUGAUGCUUACGUUUGUCAAGAUGAGUACUGUAUAAUAAACAGUCAAUUCAAA